UUUCAGAGCUGAAGGGAUAUAAACGCUUCCCCGACACCUGACUCCAAACCCUUUCGCCGCCGCCGCCUGAUAGCUCCAGCGCCCUCGCCGCCGGCUACUCGGCUGCCGUACUCCCGCUACGAGUUAGGCAUCACCUUCGCCGAUCCAACAUGGGUAAGACCCGUGGUAUGGGAGCUGGGCGCAAGCUCAAGACCCACAGAAGGAACCAGAGGUGGGCUGACAAAGCCUACAAGAAGAGCCAUCUUGGCAACGAGUGGAAGAAACCCUUUGCUGGUUCAUCUCACGCAAAGGGAAUCGUCCUUGAGAAGAUCGGCAUUGAGGCUAAGCAGCCUAACUCUGCUAUCCGUAAGUGUGCUCGUGUCCAGCUGGUGAAGAAUGGGAAGAAGAUUGCUGCCUUUGUGCCAAACGAUGGUUGCUUGAACUACAUUGAGGAGAAUGACGAGGUGCUGAUUGCGGGGUUCGGUCGUAAGGGCCACGCUGUGGGAGAUAUUCCUGGUGUCCGUUUCAAGGUCGUGAAGGUCUCUGGCGUUUCCCUGCUCGCCCUCUUCAAGGAGAAGAAGGAGAAGCCGAGAUCUUAAAAUCCUAUUCCCCCUCACCACAGUGAAACCUGUAAUGCUUUUGGAGUUUUGGGCCUGUGGCCCACCGCGCACCUGUGGGGCUCUCAUACCAGACCUCAUUUUGAGAUGAACCUAGCAGUUGUUUUGCCAUAGUUUUGUUGAGGAGCAUCUGAAUUUGAACUAUAUAUAUCCGAAACUGCCAGUCAGUGUGUGAUCUGAGAUGAACCAAGCAGCUGUGGUCAUUCCUUGUUGGUACGGUA